UCUCUCAAAAUCCCAAUCUCUAUCUUCUUCUCUUCCCUGCGGAAAUUACUAAAAACGAAACAUGACAGAAGUGUAGCGUGGAUAUAUCUCAACCCACCAUUUUUCCUCUCUUCUUCUUCUCUCUCAUUUCUCUCUGUUUCCAGACCCAAAGAGCUCCCACCUUUGAAUCCAGCAAAGCUCCCACCUUUGAACCCAGCAAAGCUCCCAUCUUUGAAAUUGAAACCCCUCUUCACAGCUGCUAUGCCAUCCACCCUCCUCUCAGAUCUACCCACCAAACCCAUCUCAGCCUCCUCUCUCCCAGACCCAUCUUUCUCUUUUUUCCAAUCCAAACCCAUGUCGUCUCUCCGCGUCUACCCAGAUCUGACCUCCCGGGUCUACCCGGAACCCGACCACCGCCGCAUCGACCACUUCGACCGCCUCCCGGACUCCCUCCUCCUCCUCGUCUUCAACAAGAUCGGCGACGUCAAGGCCCUCGGCCGAUGCUGCGUCGUUUCGCGCCGCUUCCACUCCCUCGUCCCGCAGGUCGAAAACGUCGUCGUUCGGGUCGACUGCGUCAUCUCCGACGACGAUUCCUCGCCCUCCGCCUCCGCCUCCGACAAGUCACGCGCCCCCUUCUCGAGUCUCUUCCGGUUGGUCUUCGGCGGCAUUGUCAAGCCUCUCCAGGCUCUCGGCCAGUUCCUCGGUCCCCGCCGAUCGUCGUCGUCCUCCUCGUCGGCGUCGUCGCUCGCCGUCGGGAACGAAGACGACGGCGGCGAGCUCGAGCAGGCCGGCGUCACGCACCACUCCCCCACUCAGGUGCUCAAGAAUUUCAACGAGAUUCGGUUCCUCCGGAUCGAGCUUCCCUCCGGCGAGCUGGGCAUAGACGACGGCGUUUUGCUCAAAUGGAGGGCCGAUUUCGGGUCUACUUUGGACAACUGUGUGAUUCUUGGAGCUUCCUCUGUGAUUCAACCCGGACCCAACAAGCCCAACGACGUCGUCUCCGGCUCGGGCGAUGGGGUUUGCCCCGCUAACGCCGUCACCGACGAUAACGGAAGCAUACCCGACUCGUUUUACACAAACGGUGGACUGAAGUUGAGGGUGGUGUGGACCAUUAGCUCAUUGAUAGCAGCCUCUGCCCGGCAUUACUUGCUUCAGCCAAUCAUUUCGGAGCACAAGACACUAGACAGCCUGGUGCUGACCGAUGCCGACGGGCAGGGGGUGUUGUACAUGAACAGAGAGCAGCUUGAGGAGUUGAGGGUGAAGCCAUUGUCGGCUUCUUCGGCCUCCAAGAGGACGCUGGUGCCGGCCCUCAAUAUGAGGCUCUGGUACGCGCCCCAGUUGGAGUUGCCGGAUGGGGUUGUGCUUAAGGGAGCUACUUUGGUUGCUAUUCGGCCCAGUGAGCAGUCCAACCCCAAGAAGGAGGUCUCUGAUCUCUCUUGGGUUUCGACUGCCUUUGAGGAGCCGUAUGGGACUGCCGCAAAGAUGCUGGUGAAGAGGAGAACUUACUGCCUUGAGAUGAACUCGUUUUGAUUAGAUUUCCGAUAAUUUCAGUCUAAAGGUACAAGUUUCAUGGUUUAGUCACUCAUUUAGUUUGAUAUCGGAUUCUCAGGUAAAUUUUAGGGGAAAUGGGGACUUGCAUGGUUUUGAAGACGGGAGAAACAGAGAGAACGGUCCUGUCUCAUUGGUAGUCAAAGUCAACUACAGAGCCCUUCAUUCAGCAAAUGUUGAUGGGAUUGAGAGAGGGCGGGUUAUGCACUACAAUCUUACUCAAUUUAUGCUUGAGAUCACAGUUGAAAUGCAUCUGCUGGUUGUUUUUGUUUCAGGCAUUUGCUUGUAAGAGUGCUCUCACUGCAAAUGCAACUGGAAUUGAUGUAUAAAAGGAUUUUGGAGCUUGUAGUGGUCUUACUUUUAUCUAUCUUCCAUGUAUGUGAAUAUUGUAGGUAAUGACAAUGCUUAUGGUUAUGUGAUGUAUGUCAAAAGUUUAUUUCAGCACUCAA